UGAACCNGAGAGAGCUCAACAUUCACCGAUGGAUUUAAGCAACGCAUCAGCACCCUACAAUUUUGGGAAAUACCACAGAUAUGAAGCGGUAGUUCAAUUGCUGAAAGAUUUGAGUUCUAAAUAUUCGAGAAUUGCAACGUUGGAAAUGAUUGGAAAAAGUUACGAAAAUAGACCUCUUUACAACAUGAGGAUCAGUUCCGGUGGUAGUUCUUCCAAACCUGCAAUUUUAAUGGAAUGCGGUAUUCAUGCCAGAGAAUGGGCAUCAGUAGCUACUGGGGCCUACAUGGUCAACAAAAUUAUCACUUCCUAUGGGUCAGAUCCAGAAAUUACUGCUCUAGUUGACAAAUACGAAAUCAACAUAAUUGUUGAAAUGAAUCCUGAUGGUUAUGCCUACACAUGGGCUCGGGAUCGUAUGUGGAGGAAGACUCGAUCUAAGAGUCAAAAUGAUUGGCUCGGUGUUUGCCUAGGAACAGAUGCAAACAGAAAUUUCGAUAUUGACUUCGGCGGAGUUGGAACCAGUAAAAGACCCUGUGACGAAACAUACCAUGGCGACAAGCCAUUCUCUGAAAGUGAAGCGCGAGCCUUGAGAGACAUCAUGGUCGCCAAGAAGAACCGCCUAAAGGCAUACAUUUCAAUACACGCAUUCUCUCAAUUGUGGAUGACACCAUAUGGAAUAAGGAAAACACUUCCUCCCAACUACAGUGAAUUGACUCGAGUUGGACAAGCUGGUGUGAAUGCUCUUGGAAGGAGGUACGGGACUCGGUACAGACUUGGAAGCAUUUCUAAUAUUAUUUAUCCAGCUGCAGGAUCAUCGGCUGAUUAUGUGUAUGAGAAGCUGGGAGUCAAAAUAUCUUUUGCUCUUGAGUUGCGUGACACAGGUAGAUUCGGAUUCAUGUUACCCGAGAAUCAAAUCUUGCCCACCUGCGAAGAGACAUGGGACGGUAUCAAGGCUGCUAUUCAAGCUUUGUGAUUUCAUUGAUACGUUGUUUAUUCACACUGAAAUAAAACAUUUUAUGGGAUGAA